UAAGAUUUCGCUGUUUUUCAGAUUACAGCAAUGGAAACCAAGAAAGCUGAUUCUGACGGGUUGAAGUUUUCAGGGGAAAAUUCUAAAGAUGAAGAAUUUUCAAUUGAUGUUAGAGAAGGAGGUAAUAAUGGAGAUAUGUCGACUGAAAAUGGAGAAAAUUCUUCGGGAAGGAGUGAAAAAUCUAUCGGCAAAAGUGAAGAAGAAUGCUUGAGUGUAAGUGGAGAGAAAGUGUCGAGCAAAAAUGGCGAAAUACCCUUGAGCAAAAGUGGAGAGAAAUGCUUGAGCAAAAGUGGAGAGAAAUCGUUGAACAGGAGUGGAGUUAAUCCUGGAAAUAAUUCUCAAAUUAAACCUGAGAAGAAGAGUGCAGAAUCAUCUGAAAAUAAAUCUGGUGGACCUCCAGGAACUAAAAAGGUAUUGAUUACAAGCCGUUUAUUUAAACCCACAGCUGCCUCAGUUGCCAAAAGAGCCGGAGCAGAAACUAAAAGAAGAGGAGGAGGGCCAGUUAAAGGAUUGGUUCCUGUCUCUACUAGAGGGGGAAAACCUGCCAAUGUAUUGACCGGAGUUCGAUCAAUGGGAGGGGGUGGAGUACGGACUGGUAGAGUUCAGGUGGGACUGGGAGCUAUGGGGGGUCCAGCAACUAGGGCGGGACAAGGAGGUGGAGCUAGGAUUGGUAGAGGUCCCACCAAUGGAACUCAUGGAAACGAGGAAGGAAGGGAAAGAACACCUGAAACAAUAAUCAAAAAUCCCUACAGAGGGUCAUCUACACCAACUGAGGGUGAAUAUGCUUCAGUUACUGUUUUAGAUUCUUGGGAUGCCAGCAGGAUAUGUACUUUUCCCGGUACACAGACUGCUGAUCUUUUGAAUGAAACUGCUCCUGUUCCAGUCAGUUCUCUUCCUUUCCUCUCCAAUCCCGGAGCUUCAGCUAACCCUGGAGACCUGGAGUCAACCCUACUCCCUGAACCAACCCGUCCUGGUUUAAACACAACCCGGAAAACUACCAUCAGAGGAAGACCUAGACCUCAAACAACUUAUAAACCGAGAAAUCCAGCGCAAACUGCUUUCAAAGUAGCAAAUACAGCUUUUAAGCCUGGAGUAGUGUUUGAGGAAACCCUAGACCCAGAAGACAUGAGUGAAGAAGAAUACGACCUAAUUUACUCAAGAUACAUCCAGUCCCAGUAUAUUCUACUUGCUUCCAAAAAGGCACUUGAGAGAACAGAAAAGGAAUGUGAAAGGAAGCUCUUUGAAGGUUGGAGGUUACUGGAAGAGAAGAGAUAUCAGACAAUCACUAAUAUGCAGGAGCUGGUCAAUAUACAGCUCAUAUCAGAUAUACAGGACAUCUUGAACACAUUAGGUCCUAUAGUUCUUGGAACUAAAGGACAUGAAAGAGAAGGAGAAGAAGAUGGGGGAGAGGAUGGUGGAGGUCUGAAAUCCCAGCUAUUGAAUACUGGAAACAUGAUGGUUGAGUUGUUGGAUGGAUUACAAAACCUUGAUCAUAAUAUUCAAGUUAAAGGAGUUUCUAUAGACCCCAGAGAAAGGCAGAAGACGAUAGAUGCUAUAAAAUCAUUAUUGAAGACCUUCAAUGCGAGAAUACCUGAGAGUGCAGACAAAUCUCAAACCCUCAAUAAAAUGGAGAUGAUUUCCCGGUUUUGUGAGUCUGGCGAACGAAUGAGUAAAGCAAGCGAUCUUUGCUCCACCUUGAUUCAAGCAUGUCAACGGUUAGCUAUGAAGGAGGCGAGCUUGAAGCUUAGUUUUAAAAACCUUCAACCUCCGAUCUCCGACCCAGCUCCUCCACAAGGUUAACCUCAACAGCUACCCCUGGAAACCCUGGCCAUGCCUAUAUCUUGGGGUUUGGAACCUUCAAAAUCUAUCUUAAAAGUUUAUUUCCAAUCACUUCUCUUGUCGGUCUCUCCUUGGUCAGUGGUCAGAGGUCACCAUUGUAAGAAAUGAAGGACAGGCCGGUACAGUAAAAUUUAAGUUCUAAUUAAGAAAAUUUUGUAGAACAAGCUUCUAAAUUCAAAAAAUUAACUUAUUCAUUAAUUAAUUCAAAACUCAGAUUUGAAGACUUAUUUACCUCCUAAAUCUAUUAAAUGAAUUUUAAAAGAAUUUAUGUAUCAAGUACUCAUAAUUAAUAUCUAUGAAAAACCAACAUGUAAAUUCUUUUUAAUAAAUAUAUUUUGUGAUAUA